UCAGUUGACUCCACGGUGGCCAAAAUAGUCAGACCUGGGGCGCUCCGCCUGUGUUAGGCACCUAAACAAGUAGCCUGGUUUUCAGAAGUGCCCUUGGCUUCUUUGGGCGUUGCUGAUGCUCAGAAGAAGGGUUGUGCUGGGUCGGACCAACGGUCCAUCUAGCCCAGUACCCUUGUCUGCAGGCAGUGACCAGCUCCAGGUGCUGCGGAUGGCAUGAACAGGGCAGUUAUCCAGUGAGCCGGUCACUGUGGGUUCCCUGUUCUCCAGCUCAAGCAUCUGGCAGUCAGAGGCUAGGGACACCUAGGCUCUGAGCAUGGGAUCGCUUCCCUGACCGUCUUGGCUAAUAGCCAUUGAUAGAGCUAUCCUUGGUGAACUUAACUAAUUCUUUGUUGAACCCUGUUGGCCCUCACAAUAUCCCCUGGCAAUGACUUUCGCAGGCUGACUGUGCCUUGUGUGAAGAAAUACUUUAUUUUGUUUGUUUUUAAAUUUGCUGCAUAUUAAUUUAUUUGGGUAACCUGGUUCUUUGGGGGGGAGGGGUAAAUAACACUUACUUAUUUACUUUCUCCUCAUCAUUCAUGAUUCUAUAGAUCUCUAUCAUACCUCCCCUUAGUCCACACUCCGCAUCAUGGAAAAUCAGGUCACUCACUCUUGCUUAGAUGCCCAGGUUUGAGGGGGGAAAUAGCGAUAACUCCUGUGAUGUGUGUUGUGGACCAACAGAGGUGCCUCCUGUUUUUAUUGCCAUUUCGUAUUUAUAUACAUAUAUAUCUGUAGGUUGCCAUCUGGACAGCUUCUUUAAUGCUUUGCUUAGUUUUGAUGACUACUUAUGCUAUGAGCAGGGGAUUGGACUAGAUGAGCUCCUGAGGUCUCUUCCAACCCUAAUAUUCUAUGAUUCUACUGAAAAGUGAUUCAGUAUGCAGAAGGUUGGGGAUUAUAGAAGUUGAUUACUUUGGACUGCAGUUCACGGGCAGCAAAGGAGAGAGUUUAUGGCUGAAUUUGAGAAAUAGGAUCUCCCAGCAGAUGGAUGGACUAGCUCCUUACCGAUUUAAACUGCGUGUCAAGUUUUUUGUAGAACCACAUCUUAUUUUGCAAGAACAGACAAGGCAUAUGUUUUUCUUGCAUAUAAGGGAGGAUCUUUUGGCUGGUAAUCUUCAGUGUUCUUCAGAGCAUGCCAUUGAACUUAGUGCGUUGUUGGCUCACAUGAAGUUUGGGGAUUAUAACCAGAAUACUGCCAAGUACAGUUAUGAAGAGAUGUGUGCAAAGGAGCUCACUACUGCCACCUUAGACAGUAUUACUGCAAAGCACAAGGAACUAGAAGGGCUGAGCCAGGCUUCAGCAGAGUACCAGGUUCUGCAGAUUGUGUCAACACUGGAGAACUAUGGGGUAGAGUGGCACUCAGUGAGAGACAGUGAAGGGCAGAAACUUCUCAUUGGUGUUGGGCCUGACGGCAUUUCCAUCUGUAAAGAUGACUUCAAUCCCAUUAACAGGAUUGCUUAUCCUGUUGUUCAAAUGGCAACCCAGUCUGGGAAGAAUGUGUAUCUGACAGUCACCAAGGAGUCUGGUAAUAGCAUAGUUCUCUUGUUUAAGAUGAUCAGUACCAGAGCAGCAAGUGGACUGUACAGAGCAAUAACAGAGACUCAUGCAUUUUACAGGUGUGACACUGUUACUAGCGCUGUCAUGAUGCAGUACAGUCGAGAUUUAAAGGGUCACCUAGCAUCCUUGUUCCUGAAUGAAAACAUUAAUCUUGGCAAAAAGUAUGUCUUUGACAUUAAACGAACAUCAAAGGAGGUUUAUGAUCAUGCGAGGAGGACUCUUUACAAUGCUGGUAUUGUGGAUCUUGUUUCAAGAAGUGACCAAACGCCACCAAAUUCUCCCCUUAAGUCUUCAGAAAGUAAUAUGAACUGUGACAGCUGUGAGGGUCUCAGCUGCCAGCAAACAAAAGCUCUUCAAGAGAAGUUGCGGAAGCUGAAGGAGUCUAUGCUAUGUAUGGUGUGUUGUGAGGAAGAAAUAAAUUCAACCUUUUGUCCCUGUGGCCACACAGUAUGCUGUGAGACCUGUGCUGCCCAAUUGCAGUCAUGCCCAGUUUGCAGGUCUCGGGUAGAGCAUGUCCAGCACGUGUAUUUGCCAACCCACACCAGUCUUCUCAAUCUGACAGUGAUAUGAUCAUCAUGUACUUUUUACAAACUGCACUAAGAUGAACUACAGCCAUUGAUUGUGAAGAAGGCAAUCACUCCAGCUCCUGCCUACAAUGAGAAGCAAAACUCCCACUACACCUUUGGGUCGUGGAGGGGUCAAUAUUCUCUGUUCAGCAUGCCCAAGAAGAUGGUUUGGGGUCAUCCUGUGAAAACAGAACUCUAAAUAAAUUCAUGUCAUCUAAAGGAUGAAAAAGUUCUUCUUGAUGCAUGAGCUUGCAAUGUGGCAAUAUUGCCAAAAGCUAGGUAAUUCUGGGGAAUGGGGUGUAAAGUCAAUUUGAUAUACCCAGCAGGGAUAUUUCAAUAUGUAGUUUUACACAUUUUGUAAUUGGUUUUAAGUUUUUUUAUUUUGUUCCUUUAGUGUGAUCACUCCAUUAUUUUAAUAGCAAAACUAGUUUUUUACAAAUUUAUACAUCAGUUUUAUUAUGUUCAUAGUUUCUGUGUUUAGUAAAUUGUUCUGAAGUGAGGGGAAACUAUUUUAAAAAUCAGGUAUUUUUAAAAACCUGAGGUUGCAAGGCUUUAAGCAAGCAGUUGUAUUUAAAUCAGCAAUCUAAUCAAAGCUUAAUUCAAAUCAAUGAUAAUUUUGGAAGUGUUCUUUACAGCAAAUUUUAAUUUCUGGAUGUUGAGGGGUUAGUCAGGAAAGUCUCUCCUGCUUAGUAAUGAUGCUCCACUGAGGAAAUGUUCUGGGGCUUUGCUUGCAAAUCAAAAGGGAAGACCAUUUCCACUUGGGAAGGAUGUAAGUUAGCCAACCCUAGAGAUGUGUCCAGGUUGCCACAAAUUCAUCUGUCAUCCUAUAAAUCUGCCUUACCUGUGGAGGCUGAUUUUGCUUGAACUAUCAAAAAUCCAUUUUGGCCUAAAUAGUGUUAAACGUUGUAUAAUUUAAGUGCUUUCAUAAGUUUAUUUUUUGAGUUGCUUGAUUAUCUAUCUUGCUAAAACUCUUUAUCUUCCACCCCCCAUUUGGGCAUUUUGGACUUCAGUCAACUAGUGUAUUCUCCAUGAUUUAGAGGAAACUAGAAGAGCAUAUUUGGGUGCAAUACUAGCUAAAUUAAAGCUAGAAAACUACACUGUCACUUUACUGAGAUUUUCUGAGUAUACUUUUCAUAUUGCCUUAAUGUAGCAGUAAUGUGUGUUUAUGCAUUUGUUUCUUUGCACAGACAUUUUGUCAAAAUAUUAAAACUCUACUUUUUUAUCGCACAUAUUAGCAUAUAAACCUUACUCCAAGAGGUAUUUAUUUUUUCACUUUGUAAAGAAAUUUUGUUUCCACAUGAAGCAAGAACUCUGUCCUAUAUUGUAGACAACUUCUGUCUUUUUAUAUUCAGGUUAAUAAAGGACUUUAAAUCAGA